AUGGAUAUAUUUUCAGUCGCCUGUGGAAGUGAAAUCGAAGCAGACGAAGGCUUAAUUAAAAGUCCACGAAAUUCUGCAGAUUAUCCCUACAGUAAGGAUUGUAUUUGGAUCGUAACUGUUCCCGAGGAUUAUAGAGUGGCCUUGCACUUCCAAACAUUCUAUCUCGGCAACAACGAAACAGAUUGUAAUUCUACAUACGUGGAAAUCUGGGAUCAUGCUGAAAAUGCCAGCAAUCUAAUGCUUACCUUUUGUGGUUCCGAGAUUCCUCCUGAUAUUCUGUCUCCAAGAAACAGUUUAGAAAUUAAAUUCGUGUCUGAGGUGUGGGAAGAGGAAAUUGGUUUUUCGGCUUCUUUUGUAAAAGAGAUAAACGAAUGUGAGUCUGUUGAUAAUGGUGGAUGCAGCGAUUUGUGCGUUAAUACAAUAGGAAGUUAUUAUUGCGAGUGUAGAAAGGGAAGACAAUUGUUUCCGGAUAAACAUCGAUGUGAAGAAUAUUCUAAUGAAUGCGGUGGAAUUUUAAACGUGACCAAACCUACAAUCAUCGCUAGUCCUUCCUUUCCCAAGCCUUACCCCAGGAACAUAAAAUGCAAAUGGGAGAUCCUUAACGACAAUUUCAACGUUUCAUUAAUCCACACGGACUUGCAACGGACCAAAUAUAAAUGCAUUGAUACAAUAAAACUGGCUUUCACCCGAAAAAAAAUUCAUAAAGUAUUUGAUUUAUGUGCUGAUAUCGUACCCUUGGAAUUCACCGAGAUUUCAGAUUUUACAAUCGAGUUCGAAUCCGACUUGAUGAUUCAAAAAACCGGAUUUGCCAUUUUGUUAGAACCUUCGUAA